AUGAGGAGAGCAAGAGAAAAAUUGAAGAAAGACCCAGUAGCGUUAGAAGAAAAGUGGAAGAAAGAUAGAGAGUACUACCAUAGGAAAAAAUCGCAAGAGGAAAUGAAGACAAUAAAUGAUUUAUCAGAGAGACAGCAGAGACAACUAAGAAACAAAUGGAGAAAGGAUGCAAAAUUACGUAAAGACAGACUGAAGUUACUAAGAGAAACUGCACGAUUCAUAGAUGAAAACCCCUCCAACAAGUUCAGCCAAUUCAUUAUCAUCAAAAUUUACUUCCCGGGCUGCAGCAGGCCGGGCUUGUAUUCUUACAGUACAAACUUCUUCUUCUUCUUAGAGUUUAUCCCGUCUUGUGACGGGGUCCGCUUUCCGUAUCUUCUUCUUCCACUUCUUACAGUAAAAACUGCUAAAGCGAAGUGGAAAAAAUUGCGUGACAAUCAUCGUGACGCAAUUAAAAGACAAAGUUCUACCAGAAGUGGUCAGGCGGCAAAACAAACCUGCCAAUGGAAGUAUCAAAAAGUAAUGGAGUUUUUGCUACCACAUAUGCAAAAUAGAAAACGAUACUCUUUCAGGAAUGAUUCAGAAUCGAUAAGAAGCCCUAAUCAAGACACUGAUACACAAAUGUCAGCCUCGUCAGUUACUACACACGAUCAACUCCGAGUUAAACAAAUUCUUACAGCAUCCGAUAAUUUAGAUGACUUGGGUCAUUUUUUUCUCUCCAUGUCGAAGACAUUGAAAAAAAAUCCUAAUUAUUUACAGCUUAAAGCUUAUGGCUAUAAAUAAUGACGCUAGUGUUGCUACACCUCUUUCACAUGCGACUCCAUCUACGUCUCAAGCUCAAGGUGAGUCAUCUUCCGCCUGCACCGAUGGUUUCACUCAAUUUAUACCAGCAACUCCUGUUCCGAAUA